AUGUUGGUGAAGCCAUACACAGCACUCAAACUACCCCCAUUGACACGGAUAAUUAGUGAACAGCCCGAUAUUCAAAACGCUCACUGCGACGUCAUCGACUCGCCGCUCCUUCGCCUCCCUCCUGAGCUAAGAAACAUGAUCUUCGCGCUCGUACUCGAUCACGGGACAAUCCGUCCCAAAAUCGGCAAGACCUGGCUGGAGCCCAAGUUGAAAAACUACCCAAUACGGGAGCGAUUCGGCCUACUGUUCACCUGCCGACAGAUCUAUGCGGAAACCGCUCUCCUUCCAUACAGGCUCAACACAUUUGUUGUUGGGGGCCACGACCCCAUAUUCAAUCUCAAAACUUUCUUGAAUAGGCGGUCUGACGCUCAGAGGUAUGUUAUGGACAAGGUGCAGUUUUACCGUGACGAAGAACCGCGGGCGGCGACGGCGUGGGUGGAGAUGAUUGCUAAUCAUGAGAUUGAUCCGGUUUGCUCCGAGCGCAAUGCAGCCGCCUCGCCCCUCCUCCGCCUGCUCCCCGAGCUACGAAACUCGAUCUUCGCCUACGCCCUCUACCACGAGAGAUUCGUCCUCGAUCCCCCAGACUCAUCUGGUUACGUGGUCAAGUCGCGUGACAAGAAUCUACUCAGCCUUCUCUACGUUUGUCGUCAGAUCUAUUCCGAAACGGCAUUCCUGCCGUACAAGCUAAACAGCUUCGAUAUCUGCCGAGACAAUCCCGUCAGCUUAGUCGCGUUCCUCAAGCGACGGACGGCUACUCAGAUAGAGCUCAUGCAGGAUGUGAUUAGGAGAUGGAAGUAUGUCAAGACGCAUAUCUACAGUUUCUACCCUGUUCCAUCACUCUCUCGUUUUGUCUCCAACAUACGCAUCCGCCCCAGUGACCAAGAUUUCAGCCUCGAUUACAGCAUGUCGAGUCCGAAGAAGCACUCCGAGGGCGCCAAAUCUGAUCUCGCGCCUGGCACCAACCCGAUUGUCAACAAUUUCGUCGAAAUCACUCCCGACCGCAGUACCGAGCUUGCGAUCGCGUCUCACUCAGCCGCCGCCCGGGACGAAAUUUCCAAGCGCAACGCAGACUCCCCUCUCCUUCGCCUCCCCGCCGAACUCCGCAACCACAUCUUCGCCCUUGCCCUCACUCAGGGAGAUAUCAAGUGGAACUACGGCGCCUGGCUCAAGAACAAAAACUCGGUCAACCUUCUCUACGUUUGUCGGCAGACCACCGAGCGCAACGCCACCUCAUCCCCACUCCUCCGUCUUCCCCCCGAACUCCGCAACCAUAUCUUCUCUCUCGCCCUCAAUCACGGUUACAUCCCAAUAAUUUUUCCAGAGCGCUCUCAUCGUUGGAAGAUUAAACGAGCUGAACGCCGAGGCUUCGAAUAUCGCUACCACUACAAGCAAUUCUGCAACAUGUUCUACAACCCCAUCAGCUUCUCGGCGAGGUCUUGUUCCUUCAAGCUGAAAAAGCGCCCAGUCCGCAAUUCCAAGCGUCUCAACCACCUCAAGCGGCCUGUCAACCUCCUGUUCGUGUGUCGCCAAAUCCACGCCGAGACCGCACUGCUUCCGUACAAAGUCAAUACAUGGGUGAUCGAAUUGAACAGGCCCUGGGAGAGGAUAAGAGAAGGGUAUGAGCGGUACUAUUGGCAUGAUCCAAUGCACUUCGUCGAGAGAUUGACCGCAAUCCAGAGGGAGGUCAUGGAAAAAGUAUGGUCCAUCACGUCUCCUUCAACCAACUUCACGGCCAUCAGCAAGGACGUGGAAAACGAUAUGUCGGCGUUAGAUCAGCAGUCAGAGAGCGAGCGCGAGCAAAUCACCCGGCGAAACGCCAAAUCACCGCUUCUGAGUCUCCCCGCGGAGCUCCGCAAUCAGAUCUUCGCACUGGCCCUUACACAGCCCACCAUUGAGAUCUUCUGGUCCGAACCGCACUUGAAGUUCAAGUUUCAUGAGGAUUGUCGGCCAGACUACGUGCGACAACCGCUCAACCUCCUCUUCGUGUGUCGACAAACCCAUGCUGAGACUGCCAAUCUUCCCUACAAGCUUAAUACAUUUGCUGUCGACUUCGUUUACCAGCGUGAUCCUCCGAAGAACUUUCUUUAUCAGAGGACAGUGGAGCAGAGGGAAGUGAUGGGCAGUGUCAGCGAGCGAAAUCUAAAAACUGGAAAAGCUGGAAAGCCUAUGUCCGCAACGAGAUGGAUGGCUUCUAUGGAAGCCGAGGCUUUCGUGCUCUAUACUUGGAAACGAGAAGAGGAGCAAGAAGAAGCGCGCGCUCACAUUACUCAACGCAAUGCUACCGCCUCCCCACUUCUUCGUCUCCCCGCAGAAAUUAGAAACAUGAUCUUCGCCUACGCCCUGAGUCACGGCGACACCAAGCUACACAUCAUUCCCAGUAUACAAGACGGACCCGGUGGAACAGGCUGCUGGAAGCAUCGCAGCUGGCCAGAUCCCGCCAACGUCAGUCUGCUCUACGUGUGUCGCCAAAUUCACUUCGAGACCGCUCUAUUUCCGUACGAGCUCAAUAUCUUUGUGGUCUACGGUCACUACAACGCUGUCAAAGACUUCUUCGAACGUAGAACAACGGCACAAAUUGGCGCUAUGGCGAGAGUUGAGAGGGGCCCGCAGGUGAAUAUGGGCGUGCGAACCGCGAGUGAAUGGUUGGACCGACUGCGAUAUAGAAGCAAGGGUGUCCUAAUAAGACAUAAGGACAUGAACUCGCGAGCAUAG